ACCACCAUCACCACCGCCGCCAUCAGCUGUUCAGCAUAAACAAAACACGGUCAGGUAUAUUCUCACUUCUCCCGGCAAUAUUUCCCACAAUUCCACAUUUUCGCGAUCCCUGAAGUGGAGGAGGAGGAGAAGACACCCCGAGGAGCAACUGUGGAGGAGGACGAGAGGAGAGGAGGAAAGAUGGAGGAGUUGGAGGAAGAAAUUUCUCUCUUGGGCCAACUAGUGGACAUUGAGAUAGGAAGGAGAGAGAAGAGGCCGCUGUGUUCAAGGUGUAGGCGCCCCCGGGGAGUGUGCUGGUGCGAGGGGCUAGGGGGGGCAAUGGUGACAAUAAAGAGCCAUAUUUUGGUUUUACAACACCCCCACGAAGAGAAAAGAUGUCUAAGAACUGCCCCGAUUCUUACAGCUUGUCUUGACCCAUCACAUUACAAGCUGAUGAGAGGCAAAAGGUUUCCCCAUUCCAGAUAUCCUGAGCUGCAGCCUAUCCUUAGUAGUCCUGCAACGAUCCUAAUGUACCCUGGGGAGGAGGCUGUGGGGGUGGAGAGGCUGGAAGGUGGGGGAGGGGGGCAAGGUCCUUAUAAUAUCGUAAUUCUUGAUGGGACGUGGCAACAAGCGAAGGGAAUCUAUUUUAAUUGUCCUGGUCUUCACUCCCUCCCUCAGGUGUGUCUGUCAGGAAGAUACACGAGUGAAUAUAUUAUCAGAACUCAACCCACACAAGACGCCCUUUCGACUGUGGAAACAGCUGCCCUCACUCUAGCGAUCCUGGAGGAGAACUGGGCGCUCUAUGACCAACUGGUGGAGCCUCUGCGUGUUUUGUGCCGCCACCAGAUCCAGCACGGAGCCGUUCCCCACAAGAGUAAAGAGGAAAUGAUUUUAUCCGGCCGCUGUCAGAAGCCCUUAGGGAAACGAACUUAUAAAAAAUUACGAAAAUGUGGUGCUAGGCAUUCAGACGCCCUUGCAGCCUCCAUGUUGGUGACUGGUGAUGCCCCGCGCCCUGACAACACCACUAACACCCACGCCAUCACCUCUAAGGGCGUGGGUGUUCAUAGCAUUGAAAAUAUUAGGCUUGUUGUGUCUGCGAGUGAAGGUAGUGGUGGUGGUGGUCUGGGUAGCGGGGAGGAGGAGAGCAUUGUGGGAAAUGUUGGGUCUAGGGUGAAAAUUGGGGAGUCUAGGGGAGAAGUGGAGGAAUUUAGGGAGGAAAAGUGUGGAUCUAGCGAAGAAAAGGAGGGUUUGGGGGAAAAGGAGGAAGGGUUUAGGGAAAUUGGCGAGUCUAGGGUAAAAAGUGGCGGUUUUAGGGAAGAAAAUGCAAAGUUUAGGGAAAUUUUUGAGGGAGAGAGGACAAACAGCGAUAAAGGGAGAGGAAAGGGAGAGAGAAUGAUAAACGAGGGAGAAGCAGAGGAGAGAAAGAUAAAUAGAGAAGGAGAAAAAGAAGAAGAAAUGAGGAGAGAAACAGAGAGAGAGGAAAAGAGAGAAAAUGUGAUAAAAUUGAGGAAUAUGAGUUCCCAUCUUUCUUGGGAAUUGAGGUGAGAAACAAGAAGAAGAAGAAGAAGAACAAGAACAAGAAGAAGAAGAAGAAGAAUGAAUAAAUUAAAGGAAUAAUGAAAUAAAAAAAAAUAAUUGAAAAACGUAGAUAAUUGAUAAAGAAUAAAUGAAAAAUAAAUAAAUAAAGUAAUAAUUGAAAAGCAAAACACGAGAAAAUAAAAAAUAAACUGAAAAUUGAGAUAAACAAUAAUUAAACAAACAAACGAUAAGAUAUAUUUGAAAGGAAGAAAAAUAGAAAUAAAUAGAUAAAAUAAAGGAAUAAUUGAAACUAAGGAGAAAAAAAAAGGAUACGAGGAAGAUUAUAUAUAUAAAAAAGAAAGUUUGAGAGAAAAUAUUUGGUCUGAUUUAAAUUCUGUACUUAUAUAAUGAAGAGAAAUGUGUGUGUGUGUGUGUGUGUGUGUGUGUGUG